AUGGUUCCCAUCAAGAUUGAGGAAAGACCAGAAAAAGACUUUGAGAAGGGAGCACGUACUGUCUCAAGUUUAUCAGCAGCUACCUUAGCAUCUCUGGGAGGGACUUCUUCACGAAGAGGCAGUGGAGAUACCUCCAUCUCAGCUGAUACAGAGGCAUCUAUUAGAGAAAUUAAGGAUAUCUAUGAGUUAAAGGACCAGAUUCAGGAUGUAGAAGGCAAAUACAUGCAGGGACUGAAAGAAAUGAAGGACUCUCUAGCUGAAGUUGAAGAGAAAUAUAAAAAGGCUAUGGUGUCCAAUGCUCAAUUAGACAAUGAAAAAACCAAUUUCAUGUACCAAGUAGAUACCCUGAAGGAUGCGCUCUUAGAGUUAGAAGAACAGCUGGCAGAAUCCAGGCGGCAAUAUGAAGAAAAAAGUAAAGAAUUUGAGAGGGAGAAGCACGCUCAUAGCAUAUUGCAGUUUCAGUUCAUGGAAAUCAAAGAGGCUUUGAAGCAAAGAGAAGAAAUGCUUGCAGAAAUCCAACAGCUGCAACAGAAACAGCAGAGCUAUGUCAGGGAAAUUUCUGAUCUUCAGGAGACAAUAGAGUGGAAAGACAAAAAAAUAGGGGCGUUAGAGAGGCAGAAAGAUUUCUUUGAUUCCAUAAGGAGUGAGCGGGAUGACCUUAGAGAUGAAGUGGUUGUGCUGAAGGAGCAACUGAAGAAACACGGAAUAAUCCCAGACUCUGACGUAGCCACAAACGGGGAGACAUCAGACAUUCUUGAUAAUGAAGGACACUUGGAUUCUUCCAAAACUGUUCCAGGGACAACUCGGGCAUUAAAGGCGGGAGGGGAUGGGAUGCUAGACAGGCUGAAAAAACUCAUUGAUGAACGAGAAUCCUUACUAGACCAGAUUAAAAAAUUAAAGGGACAACUGGAAGAAAAGCAAAAGAAUGGCAAGAUAGAAAAUACACAGUCAGAAGAUGAAGUUCUGGAAAAUGGGACAGAUAUGCACAUGAUUGACCUCCAAAGAGAUGCCAACAGACAGAUCAGUGAUCUCAAAUUUAAACUAGCAAAGUCUGAGCAGGAGAUAACGGCACUGGAACAGAAUGUGAUACGACUGGAAGGUCAGGUAGCCCGGUACAAAACUGCUGCUGAAAAUGCUGAGAGAGUAGAAGAUGAACUGAAGGCAGAGAAACGCAAACUGCAGAGAGAGCUUCGUUCAGCGUUAGAUAAAACCGAAGAGCUUGAAGUCAGCAACGGUCACCUAGUGAAGCGCUUGGAGAAGAUGAAAGCCAACCGGAGCGCUCUCCUGUCUCAGCAGUAGCCGCCACC